AGCUGCAGGCCUGCCCGGCCAGAGCCGACUGCCCCUACGCCAUGCUCCGACGCUGGCUGCUGUGCUUCUGCGGGGCCCUGCUGGGCGCUGGUCUGCCCGAUGCCUACGCCAGCCCAGGCCCCCAGAGGCCGAAGGACUCUCCACAGACAGCCCCCGACAAAGGCCACUGCUCCACGUGGGGGGUCGGGCACUUCUCCACCUUUGACCACCAUGUGUACGACUUCUCGGGGACGUGCAACUACGUGUUUGCGGCCACCUGCAAGGACGCCUUCCCCACCUUCAGCGUCCAGCUGCGGCGAGGCCCAGACGGAGGCAUCGCGCGGAUCAUCGUGGAGCUGGGGGCCUCCGUCGUCACCGUGAGCGACGGCACCAUCUCGGUCAAGGACGUCGGGAUCGUCAGCCCACCCUACACCAGCAACGGGCUCCAGAUCACACCCUUUGGCCAGAGCGUGCGGCUGGUGGCCAAGCAGCUGGAGCUGGAGCUAGAGGUCACGUGGGGCCCCGACGCCCACCUCACGGUCCUGGUGGAGCAGAAAUACAUGGGCCAGAUGUGUGGGCUCUGUGGGAACUUUGACGGGAAGGCCACCAACGAGUUCAUCAGUGAGGAGGGCAAGCUCCUGGAACCCCACAAGUUCGCUGCCCUCCAGAAGCUGGACGACCCCAGUGAGAUCUGUGCCUUCGAGACCAUCCCCAGCCCCCCGGUCCGGCAGGCCCAGCACGCCCAGAUCUGCACCCAGCUUGUGACCUUGGUGGCCCCCGAGUGCAGCGUGCCCAAGGAGCCCUUCGUGCUGAGCUGCCAGGCAGACAUGGCAGCGGCCACCCCGCCGGGCCUGGGCAACGGCAGCUGCGCCACGCUCUCCGAAUACUCCCGCCAGUGCAGCGUGGCGCGGCAGCCCGUCCGCCGCUGGCGGGGCCCCAGCCUCUGCCCCGUGGGUCAGUGCCCGGCCAACCAGGUGUACCAGGAGUGUGGCUCGGCCUGCCUGAAGACCUGCUCCAACCCCCAGCACAGCUGCUCCAGCACCUGCACCUUCGGCUGCUUCUGCCCGGAAGGGACGGUCCUGAACGACCUCUCCAAUAACCACACCUGCGUGCCUGUCACCCAGUGCCCCUGUGUGCUCAAUGGCGCCACAUACGCCCCUGGGGCGGUCACAACAGCUGCCUGCCGAACCUGCCAGUGCACCCUGGGCCGCUGGGUGUGCACGGAGCGGCCGUGCCCCGGCCACUGCUCCCUGGAAGGCAGCUCCUUCGUCACCACGUUCGACGCCAGGCCCUACCGCUUCCACGGCACCUGCACCUACAUCCUCCUCCAGAGCCCCCAGCUUCCCGAAGACGGCACCCUCAUGGCCGUGUAUGACAAGUCCGGCUUCUCACACUCCGAGACCUCCCUGGUGGCUGUCGUCUACCUCUCCAGGCAGGACAAAAUUGUGAUCUCCCAGGACGAGGUGGUCAGCAACAACGGAGCCGCCAAGUGGCUGCCGUACAGGACUCGCAACAUCACGGUCUUCAGGCAGACGUCCACCCACCUCCAAAUGGUCACCAGCUUCGGGCUGGAGCUCAUGGUGCAGCUGCGCCCCGUCUUCCAGGCUUACAUCACUGUCGGGCCCCAGUUCAGAGGCCAGACCAGAGGACUCUGCGGCAACUUCAACGGGGACACGACGGACGACUUCACCACCAGCCUGGGCACCGAGGGCACCGCCUCGCUGUUUGUGGACUCCUGGCGGGCAGGGAACUGUCCGGCCGCUCUGGAGCGUGAGACUGACCCCUGCUCCAUGAGCCAGCUCAACAAGGUGUGUGCGGAGACCCACUGCUCCGUCCUGCUGAGGACAGGCACGGUGUUCGAGAGGUGCCACGCCACGGUGAACCCCACGCCCUUCUACAAGAGGUGUGUCUAUCAGGCCUGCAACUAUGAGGAGACCUUCCCCCACAUCUGCGCCGCCCUGGGCGACUAUGUACACGCCUGCUCCUCGCGGGGCGUCCUGCUCUGGGGCUGGAGAAGCAGCGUGGAGAACUGCACCGUCCCCUGCACGGGCAACAGCACCUUCAGCUACGACAGCCGAGCCUGUGAGCGCACCUGCCUGUCGCUGUCGGACCGCGCAGCUGAGUGCCACACCAGCGCAGUGCCCGUGGACGGCUGCAACUGUCCCGACGGCACCUAUCUGAACCACAAGGGCGAGUGUGUGCACAAGGCCCAGUGCCCCUGCACGCUGGAGGGCUACAAGUUCAUCCUGGCCCAGCAGGCCACCAUGAUCAAUGGUGCCACCUGCUACUGCACCAAUGGGCGGCUGAGUUGCCCACAGCGGCCACAAAUGUUUCUGGCCUCCUGUCCAACCCCCAAGACCUUCGAGUCCUGCAGCCAGUCCUCCGAGAAUGAGUUUGGGGCGGCCUGUGCCCCCACGUGCCAGAUGCUGGCCACCGGGGUUGCCUGCGUGCCCACCAAGUGUGAGCCUGGCUGUGUCUGCGCCAAGGGCCUCUACGAGAAUGCUGACGGGCAGUGUGUGCCCCCUGAGGAGUGCCCGUGUGAGUUCUCGGGGGUCUCCUACCCUGGGGGAGCUGAGCUCCACACCGACUGCAGGACCUGCACCUGCUCGAGGGGAAGGUGGGCCUGCCAGCAGGCCACCCACUGUCCAGCCACCUGCACCCUCUACGGGGAGGGCCACAUCGUCACCUUCGAUGGCCAGCGCUUUGUCUUUGACGGCAGCUGCGAGUACAUCCUGGCCACGGAUGGCUGUGGUGCCAACGACUCCCAGCCCACCUUCAAGAUCCUGACGGAGAACGUGGUCUGUGGGAAGGCUGGGGUCACCUGCUCUCGGGCCAUCAAGCUCUUCCUGGGGGGCCUGUCCGUUGUGCUGGCCGACAGAAACUACACAAUCUCCGGGGAGGAGCCCCACGUGCAGCUCCGGGUGAGGCCGGACGCGCUGAGCCUUGCCGUGGACGUCGGCGUCCCCGGCAGGUACAACCUGACGCUCGUCUGGAACAGGCACAUGAGCAUCCUCAUCAGGAUCGCCCGAGCCUCUCAGGACGCCAUCUGCGGCCUGUGCGGCAACUUCAACGGGAACAUGAAAGACGACUUCGAGACGCGCAGCCGGUACGUGGCGUCCAGCGAGCUGGAGUUUGUGAACUCGUGGAAGGAGAGCCCGCUGUGCGGGGACGUGAGCUUCGUGGCGGACCCCUGCAGCCUCAACGCCUUCCGGCGCUCCUGGGCCGAGCGCAAGUGCAGCGUCAUCAACAGCCAGACCUUCGCCACCUGCCACAGCAAGGUGUACCACCUGCCCUACUACGAGGCCUGCGUGCGAGACGCGUGCGGGUGUGACAGCGGCGGAGACUGUGAGUGUCUGUGCGACGCCGUGGCCGCCUACGCCCAAGCCUGCCUGGACAAGGGCGUGUGCGUGGACUGGAGGACCCCGGCCUUCUGCCCCAUCUACUGCGGCUUCUACAACAGCCACGCACAGGACGGCCACGGCCAGUACCAGUUCACGGAGGAGGCCAACUGCACGUGGCACUACCAGCCCUGCCUCUGCCCCGGCCAGCCACAGAGCGUCCCGGGCAGCAACGUCGAAGGCUGCUACAACUGCUCCCAGGACGAGUACUUUGACCACGAGGAGGGGGCGUGCAUGCCAUGCGCGCCGCCCAGCACGCCGCAGCCGCCCACCACAGGCUCACGGCCCACACAAGUCUGGCCCACGACGGGAACCGCCACCACCAUCAGGCUCCUCAGCUCCACUGGACCCUCGCUGAGCUCCAAAAGCACCACUGCCGGCCCCACCCAGACACCCCUCCUUCCAGCCACACUCACACCCUCCAAGCCUACGGCCUCCUCGGGAGAACCACUGAGACCAACCACGGCCGUCACCCCUCAAGCCACAUCAGGGCAGACCCCCACAGCCACGCUGAGGUCGACAGCCACAAAACCCACUGUGACCCAGUCCACGACCCAGGCCACAGCAUCCACCAUCAGCCCAGCCACAAAGUCCACAGCUCAGUCCACGACACGAACCACGGCAACACCAGCAACAUCAGGGACAAGCCCCACGCUGGCAAAGUCCACCCAUCAGGAACUGCCAGGCACAAUGGCCACUCCGACAACAGGCCCACGUCCAACUGCAGCCAGCACCACAGGCCCAACCACUCCACGACCAGAACAGCCCACGAGGCCCACAGCCACGGAGAAGACAACGCACACAAGAACUACAGAAGACACAACGCCACAAACGUCACACACCACACACUCCACAGCUAUGGGAGGCAGUCCCGCCUCUUCCACCGGCCCUACGAUCACAGCAUCCUUCAAGACCACUGCUACGCAUCCAACCCCACCACACCCUCAGACCACACUUCCCACUCAUGUUCCAACCUUCUCCACCUCCUCAGUGACUCCCAGUACACAAAAGAUCAUCACUCCUACCCAUCCACCCAUAUCCACUUCCCCCUCCAUCCACUCAACACCCACAGGCACCGUGCCAGUACCCACAACAGUCCAGGUCACAGGGACCACACACACAGCCCCACCAAUCAUAGCCACCACCACUGGGACCAGCCAAGCACACAGCUCAUUCAGCACAGCCACAACCUCUACAUCCCUCCACUCACAGGCUUCCUCCACACACUAUCCUGAAACCACACCACCUCCUACCACCACCAGUACUCCAAAGCCCACUGGUACAGGAACCAGCACCCCUGUGGCCCACAGCACCUCGGCCACCAUAAGCAGGCCACCCACACCCUUUACCACACAAUCUCCACCUACGGGGAGCAGACCUGUCUCUUCCACUGGUCCUAUGAUUGCAACAUCCUUCAAGACCACGACUACACAUUCAACCCCACCACACCCUCAGACCACACGUUCCACUCACGUUCCACCUUUCUCCACCUCCUCAGUGACUCCCAGAACGCACACAUUCAUCACUCCUACCCACCCACCAAUGUCCACUUCCCCCUCCACCCACUCAAUUCCCACAGGCACCGUGCCUCCACAGACAUCGGUCAGAGCCACAGGAUCCACACACACAGCCCCACCAAUGACGGCCACCACCAGUGGGACCAGCCACACCCACAGCUCAUUCAGCACAGCCACAGCCUCUAUAUCUCUCCACUCACAGGCUUCAUCCACGCACUAUCCUGAAACCACCCCAACUCCUGCAACUGCCAGUACACCCAAGACCACCAGUAGAGGCACUGGCGCCCCUGUGGCCACCACCACCUCGACCACCAGCAGCAGACCACCCACACCCUUCACCACACACUCCCCACCUACGGGGAGCAGACCCAUCUCUUCCACUGGUCCUAUGACUGCAACAUCCUUCAAGACCACCACAACCCAUCCAACCACACCACACCCUCAGACCACACUUUCCACUCAAGUUCCACCUUUCUCCACCUCCUCAGUGACUCCAAGUACUCACACGGUCAUCACUCCUACUCACCCACAGAUAUCCACUUCCCACUCCAUUCACUCAACCCUGACAGGCACCAUACCAGUAUCCACAACAGUCAAAGCCACAGUAUCCACACACACAGCCUCAACAAUGACGGCCACCACCCAUGGGACCAGCCAAGCACACAGCUCAUUCAGCACAGCCACAACCUCUACAUCCCUCCACUCACUUGCGACCUCCACACACUAUCCUGAAACCACCCCAACUUCUUCCACCACCAUUACUCCCAAGACCACCAGUACAGGAACUGGCACCCCUGUGGCCACCAGCACCUCGGCCACCAGCAGCAGACCACCCACACCCUUCACCACACACUCCCCACCUACAGGGAGCAGACCCAUCUCUUCCACUGGUCCUAUGACUGCAACAUCCUUCAAGACCACCACAACCCAUCCAACCCCACCACACCCUCAGACCACACGUUCCACUCACGUUCCACCUUUCUCCACCUCUUCAGUGACUCCCAGUACUCACACGGUCAUCACUCCUACCCACCAACCGACAUCCACUUCCACAUCCAUCCACUCAACCCCCACAGGCACUGUGGCAGUACCCACAACGGUCAAGGUCACAGGGACCACACACACAGCCCCACCAAUCAUGGCCACCACCAGUGGGACCAGCCAUGCCCACAGCUCAUUCAGCACAGCCACAAGCUCUACAUCCCUUCACUCACAGGCUUCCUCCACACACUAUCCUGAAACCACCCCAACUCCUACAACCACCAUUACUCCCAAGACCACCAGUAGAGGCACUGGCACCCCUGUGGCCACCACCACCCUGGCCAGCAGCAGCAGACCACCCACACCCUUCACCACACACUCCCCACCUACGGGGAGCAGACCCAUCUCUUCCACUCAUCCUAUGACUGCAACAUCCUUCAAGACCACCACAACCCAUCCAACCACACCACACCCUCAGACCACACUUUCCACUCACGUUCCACCUUUCUCCACCUCCUCAGUGACUCCCAGUCCUCACACAGUCAUCACUCCUACCCACCCACAGAUAUCCACUUCCCACUCCAUUCACUCAACCCUGGCAGGCACCAUACCAGUAUCCACAACAGUCAAAGCCACAGUAUCCACACACACAGCCCCACCAAUGACAGCCACCACCCAUGGGACCAGCCAAGCACAAAGCUCAUUCAGCACAGCCCCAACCUCGACAUCCUUCCACUCACACGCUUCAUCUACACACCAUCCUGAAAUCACCCCAACUUCUUCCACCACCAUUACUCCCAAGACCACCGGUAGAGGAACUGGCACCCCUGUGGCCACCACCACCUCUGCCACCGGCAGCAGACCACCCACACCCUUCACCACACACUCCCCACCUACAGGAAGCAGACCCAUCUCUUCCACUGGUCCUAUGACUGCAACAUCCUUCAAGACCACCACAACCCAUCCAACCCCACCACACCCUCACACCACACUUUCCACUCACGUUCCACCUUUCUCCACCUCUUCAGUGACUCCCAGUACUCACACGGUCAUCACUCCUACCCACCGACCGACAUCCACUUCCACAUCCAUCCACUCAACCCCCACAGGCACUGUGGCAGUACCCACAACGGUCAAGGUCACAGGGACAACACACACAGCCCCACCAAUUACGGCCACCACCAGUGGGACCAGCCACGCCCACAGCUCAUUCAGCACAGCCACAAUCUCUACAUCCCUCCACUCACACGCUUCCUCCACACACCAUCCUGAAACCACCCCAACUUCUUCCACCACCAUUACUCCCAAGACCACCAGCAGAGGAACUGGCACCCCUGUGGCUACCACCACCUUGGCCACCAGCAGCGAGCCACCCACACCUUUCACCACACACUCCCCACCUACAGGAAGCAGACCCAUCUCUUCCACUGGUCCUAUGAGUGCAACAUCCUUCAACACCACGACUACACAUCCAACCCCAGCACACCCACAGACCAUACUUCCCACUCACGUUCCACCUUUCUCUACCUCCUCAGUGACUCCCAGUACUCACACAGUCAUCACCCCUACUCACCCGCCAAUGUCCACUUCCCCCUCCAUCCACUCAAUCCCCACAGGCACCAUGCCUCCACAGACAUCGGUCAGAGCCACAGGAUCCACACACACAGCCCCACCAAUGACAGCCACCACCAGUGGGACCAGCCAAACGCGCAGCUCAUUCAGCACAGCCACAACCUCUAUAUCCCUCCACUCACAGGCUUCCUCCAUACACUAUCCUGAAACCACCCCAACUCCUACAACCACCGUUACUCCCAAGACCACCAGUAGAGGAACUGGCACCCCUGUGGCCACCACCACCCUGGCCAGCAGCAGCAGACCACCCACAACCUUCACCACACACUCCCAACCUACAGGAAGCAGACCCGUCUCUUCCACGGGUCCUAUGACUUCAACAUCCUUCAAGACCACAACUACACAUCAAACCCCACCACACCUUCAGACCACACUUUCCACUCACGUUCCACCUUUCUCCACCUCUUCAGUGACCCCAAGUACACACAAGAUCAUCACUCCUACUCACCCACCAAUAUCCACUUCCUCCUCCAUCCACUCAACCCCCACAGGCACCGUGCCAGUACCCACAACGGUCAAGGUCACAGGGACCACACACACAGCCCCACCAAUGACAGCCACCACCAGUGGGACCAGCCAAGCACACAGCUCAUUCAGCACAGCCACAACCUCAACAUCCCUCCACUCACACGCUUCCUCCACACACCAUCCUGAAACCACCCCAACUUCUUCCACCACCAUUACUCCCAAGACCACCAGUAGAGGAACUGGCACCCCUGUGGCAACCACCACCUCAGCCACCGGCAGCAGACCACCCACAACCUUCACCACACACUCCCCACCUACGGGGAGCAGACCCAUCUCUUCCACUGGUCCUAUGACUACAACAUCCUUCAAGACCACAACUACACAUCCAACCCCACCACACCAUCAGACCACACUUUCCACUCAUGUUCCUCCUUUCUCCACCUCCUCAGUGACUCCCAGUACUCACACAGUCAUCACCCCUACACACCCACCAAUGUCCACUUCCCCCUCCAUCCACUCAACACCCACAGGCACCGUACCUGUACCCACAACAGUCAAAGCCACAGUAUCCAUGCACAUAUCCCCAUCAAUGACGGCCACCAUCACCAGGACCAGCCACGCCCACAGCUCAUUCAGCACAGCCACAACCUCUACAUCCCUCCACUCACUCACUACCUCCACACACCAUCCUGAAACCACCCCAAUUUCUUCCACCACGGGUACUCCGAAGACCACCAGUAGAGGAACUGGCACCCCUGUGGCCACCAGCACCUCAGCCACCAGCAGCAGACCACCCACACCCUUUACCACACACUCCCCACCUACGGGGAGCAGACCCAUCUCUUCCACUCGUCCUAUGACUGCAACAUCCUUCAUGACCACCACAACCCAUCCAACCCCACCACACCCUCAGACCACACUUUCCGCUCAUGUUCCACCUUUCUCCACCUCUUCAGUGACUCCAAGUACUCACACAGUCAUCAAUCCUACCCACCCACCGAUAUCCACUUCCCCCUCAAUCCACUCAACCCCGACAGGCACCGUGCCAGUACCCACAACAGUCAAGGUCACAGGGACCAUACACACAGCCCCACCAAUCACGGCCACAACCAGUGGGACCAGCCAUGCCCACAGCUCAUUCAGCACAGCCACAAUCUCUACAUCCCUCCACUCACAGGCUUCUUCCACACACCGUCCUGAAACCACCCCAACUUCUUCCACCACCAUUACUCCCAAGACAACCAGUAGAGGAACUGGCAUCCCUGUGGCCACCACCACCUUGGCCACCGGCAGCAGACCACCCACAACCUUCACCACACACUCCUCACCUACGGGGAGCAGACCCAUCUCUUCCACUGGUCCUAUGAUUGCAACAUCCUUCAAGACCACAACCCAUCCAACCCCACCACACGCUCAGACCACACUUUCCACUCAUGUUCCACCUUUCUCCACCUCCUCAGUGACUCCCAGUACUCACACAGUCAUCACUCCUACACACCAACCAAUGUCCACUAUCCACUCAAUCCCCACAAGCACCAUGCCUCCACAGACAUCAGUUAGAGCCACAGGAUCCACACACACAGCCUCACCAAUGACAUCCACCACCAGUGGGACCAGCCAAGCACACAGCUCAUUCAGCACAGCCACAAUCUCUAUAUCCCUCCACUCACAGGCUUCCUCCACACACCAUCCUGAAACCACCCCAACUUCUUCCACCACCGUUACUCCAAGGACCACCAGUAGAGGAACCGGCACCCAUGUUGCCACCACCACCUCAGCUACUAGCAGCAGACCCCCCACACCCUUCACCACACCCUCGCCACCUACGGGGAGCAGACCCAUCUCUUCCACUGGUCCUAUGACUGCAACAUCCUUCAAGACCACCACAACCCAUCCAACCCCACCACACCUUCAGACCACACUUUCCACUCACAUUCCACCUUUCUCCACCUCCUCAGUGACUCCCAGUACUCACACAGUCAUCACUCCUACCCACCCACCAAUGUCCACUUCCCCCUCCAUCCACUCAAUCCCCACAGGCACCAUGCCUCCACAGACAUCGGUCAGAGCCACAGGAUCCACACACACAGCCCCACCAAUGACGGCCACCACCAGUGGGACCAGCCACACCCGCAGCUCAUUCAGCACAGCCACAACCUCUAUAUCCCUCCACUCACAGGCUUCCUCCACACACUAUCCUGAAACCACCCCAACUCCUACAACUGCCAGUACGCCCAAGACCACCAGUAGAGGAACUGGCACCCCUGUGGCCACCACCACCCUGGCCAGCAGCAGACCACCCACACCCUUCACCACACACUCCCCACCUACGGGGAGCAGACCUAUCUCUUCCACUCGUCCUAUGACUGCAACAUCCUUCAAGACCACCACAACCCAUCCAACCCCACCACACCCUCAGACCACACUUGCCACUCACGUUCCACCUUCCUCCACCUCUUCAGUGACUCCCAGUACUCACACAGUCAUCACUCCUACCCACCCACAGAUAUCCACUUCCCACUCCAUUCACUCAACCCUGACAGGCACCAUACCAGUAUCCACAACAGUCAAAGCCACAGUAUCCACGCACACAGCCUCACCAAUGACAGCCACUACCCGUGGGACCAGCCAAGUACAUAGCUCAUUCAGCACAGCCACAACCUCGACAUCCUUCCACUCACACGCUUCAUCUACAUAUCAUCCUGAAAUCACCCCAACUUCUUCCACCACCAUUACUCCCAAGACCACCAGUAGAGGAACUGGCACCCCUGUGGCCACCACCACCUCGGCCACCGGCAGCAGACCACCCACAACCUUCACCACACACUCCUCACCACCUACAGGAAGCAGACCCAUCUCUUCCACUGGUCCUAUGACAGCAACAUCCUUCAAGACCACAACUACACAUCCAACCCCACCACACCCUCAGACCACACUUUCCACUCACAUUCCACCUUUUUCCACCUCUUCAGUGACCCCAAGUACACACAAGAUCAUCACUCCUACCCACCCACCGAUAUCCACUUCCUCCUCCAUCCACUCAACCCCAACAGGCACCGUGCCAGUACCCACAACGGUCAAGGUCACAGGGACCACACACACAGCCCCACCAAUUACACCCACCACCAGUGGGACCAGCCACGCCCACAGCUCAUUCAGCACAGCCACAACCUCUACAUCCCUCCACUCACAGGCUUCCUCCACACACCGUCCUGAAACCACUCCAACUUCUUCCACCACCAUUACUCCCAAGACCACCAGUAGAGGAACUGGCACCCCUGUGGCCACCACCACCUUGACCACCAGCAGCAGAUCACCCACACCCUUCACCACACACUCCCCACCUACGGGGAGCAGACCUAUCUCUUCCACUCGUCCUAUGACUGCAACAUCCUUCAAGACCACAACUACACAUCCAACCCCAUCACACCCGCAGACCACACUUUCCACUCAUGUUCCCCCUUUCUCCACCUCGUCAGUGACUCCCAGUCCUCACACAGUCAUCACUCCUACCCACCCACAGGUAUCUACUUCCCCCUCCAUUCACUCAACCCUGACAGGCACCAUACCAGUAUCCACAACAGUCAAAGCCACAGUAUCCACGCACACAGCCCCACCAAUGACGGCCACCACCCGUGGGACCAGCCAAGCACAAAGCUCAUUCAGCACACCCACAACCUCAACAUCCUUCCACUCACACGCUUCCUCUACACACCGUCCUGAAACCACCCCAACUUCUUCCACCACUGUUACUCCCAAGACCACCAGUAGAGGAACUAGCACCCCUGUGGCCACCACCACCUCAGCCGCCGGCAGCAGACCACCCACACCCUUCACCACACCCACCCCACCUACAGGAAGCAGACCCGUCUCUUCCACUGGUCCUAUGACUGCAACAUCCUUCAAGACCACCACAACCCAUCCAACCCCACCACACCCUCAGACCACACUUUCCACUCACAUUCCUCCUUUCUCCACCUCCUCAGUGACUCCCAGUACACACAAGAUCAUCACUCCUACACAUCCACCAAUGUCCACUUCCCCCUCUGUCCACUCAACCUCCACAGGCACCAUACCUGUACCCACAACAGUCAAAGCCACAGUAUCCAUGCACAUAUCCCCAUCAAUGACGGCCACCACCAGUGGGACCAGCCACAAUCACAGCUCAUUCAGCACAGCCACAAUCUCUACAUCCCUCCACUCACACGCCACCUCCACACACCAUCCUGAAACCACCCCAACUUCUUCCACCACCAUUACUCCGAAGACCACCAGCAGAGGAACUGGGACCCCUGUGGCCACCAGCACCUCGGCCACCAGCAGCAGACCACCCACACCCUUCACCACACACUCCCCACCUACAGGUGGCAGUCCCAUCUCUUCCACUGGUCCUAUGAGUGCAACAUCCUUCAAGACCACCACGACUACACAUCCAACCCCAGCACACACACAGACCACACUUCCCACUCAUGUUCCACCUUUCUCCACCUCCUCAGUGACUCCAAGUACUCACACAGUCAUCACCCCUACCCACCCACAGAUAUCCACUUCCCCCUCCAUCCACUCAACCCCCACAGGCACCGUGCCAGUACCCACAACGGUCAAGGUCACAGGGACCACACACACAGCCCCACCAAUGACAGCCACCACAAGUGGGACCAGCCAGGCCCACAGCUCAUUCAGCACAGCCACAAUGUCUACAUCCCUCAGCUCACAGGCUUCCUCCACACACUAUCCUGAAACCACCCCAACUCCUACAACCACCAUUACUCCAAGGCCCACUGGUACAGAAAGCAGCACACCUGUGGCCCAGAGCACCUCGGCCACCAGCCACAGGCCACCCACAUACUUCACCACACACUCCCCACCUACGGGGAGCAAGCCCGUCUCUUCCACUGGUCCUAUGACUGCAACAUCCUUCAAGACCACCACAACCCAUCCAAUCCCACCACACCUUCACACCACACUUUCCACUCACGUUCCACCUUUCUCCACCUCCUCAGUGACUCUAAGUACUCACACGGUCAUCACCACUACACACCCACCAAUGUCCACUUCCCCCUCCAUUCACUCAACCUCCACAGGCACCAUGCCAGUACCAACAACGGUCAUGGUCACCGGGACCUCGCACACAGCCCCACCAAUAACGGCCACCACCAGUGGGACCAGCCAGGCCCACAGCUCAUUCAGCACAGCCACAACCUCUAUAUCCUUCCACUCACAGGCUUCCUCCACCCACUAUCCUGAAACCACCCCAACUUCUUCCACCACCGUUACUCUGAAGACCACUAGUAGAGGAACUGGCACCCCUGUGGCGACCACCACCUUGGCCACCAGCAGCAGACCACCCACACCCUUCACCACACACUCCCCACCUACGGGGAGCAGACCCAUCUCUUCCACUCGUCCUAUGACUGCAACAUCCUUCAAGACCACCACAACCCAUCCAACCCCACCACACCCUCAGACCACACUUUCCACUCACGUUCCACCUUUCUCCACCUCCUCAGUGACUCCCAGUACUCACAUGGUCAUCACUCCUACCCACCCACAGAUAUCCACUUCCCACUCCAUUCACUCAACCCUGACAGGCACCAUACCAGUACCCACAACAGUCAAAGCCACAGUAUCCACGCACACAGCCCCACCAAUGACGGCCACCACCCGUGGGACCAGCCAAGCACACAGCUCAUUCAGCACAGCCACAACCUCUACAUCCUUCCACUCACACGCUUCAUCUACACACCAUCCUGAAACUACCCCAACUUCUUCCACCACUGUUACUCCCAAGACCACCAGUAGAGGAACUGGCACCCCUGUGGUGACCACCACCUUGGCCACCAGCAGCCAGCCACCCACACCCUUCACCACACCCACCCCACCUACAGGAAGCAGACCCGUCUCUUCCACUGGUCCUAUGACUGCAACAUCCUUCAAGACCACAACUACACAUCCCACCCCACCACACCCUCAGACCACACGUUCCACUCAUGUUCCUCCUUUCUCCACCUCCUCAGUGACUCCCAGUACUCACCCAGUCAUCACCCCUACACACUCACCAAUGUACACCUCCCCCUCUAUCCACUCAACCCCACCAGGCACCAUACCUCCACAGACAACCGUCGGAGCCACUGGAUCCAUGCACACAGCCCCACCGAUGACGGCCACCACCAGUGGGACCAGCCAAGCCCACAGCUCAUUCAGCACAGCCACAACCUCUACAUCCCUCCACUCACACGCUUCCUCCACACACCGUCCUGAAACCACCCCAACUUCUUCCACCACCGUUACUCCCAAAACCACCAGUAGAGGAACUGGCACCCCUGUGGCCACCACCACCUCGGCCACCAGCAGCAGACCACCCACACCCUUCACCACACACUCCCCACCUACGGGGAGCAGACCCAUCUCUUCCACUGGUCCUAUGACUGCAACAUCCUUCAAGACCACCACAACCCAUCCAACCACACCACACCCUCAGACCACACUUUCCACUCACGUUCCACCUUUCUCCACCUCCUCAGUGACUCCCAGUACUCACACAGUCAUCACUCCUACAAACCCACCAAUGUCCACCUCCCCCUCUAUCCACUCAACCCCAACAGGCACCAUGCCUCCACAGACAACCGUCAGAGCCACUGGAUCCAUGCACACAGCCCCACCAAUGACCGCCAUCACCAGUGGGACCAGCCAAGCUCAGAGCUCAUUCAGCACAGCCACAACCUCUACAUCCCUCCACUCACAGGCUUCCUCCACACACCGUCCUGAAACCACCCCAACUUCUUCCACCACCGUUACUCCCAAAACCACCAGUAGAGGAACUGGCACCCCUGUGGCCACCACCACCUCGGCCACCAGCAGCAGACCACCCACACCCUUCACCACACACUCCCCACCUACUCACGUUCCACCUUUCUCCACCUCCCCAGUGACUCCCAGUACUCACACAGUCAUCACCCCUACACACCCACCAACGUCCACUUUCCCCUCCAUCCACUCAACCCCCACAGGCACCGUGGUUCCACAGACAACAGUCAGAGCUACAGGAUCCACACACACAGCCCCACCAAUGACAGCCACCACCAGUGGGACCAGCCACACCCACAGCUCAUUCAGCACAACCACAAGCUCUACUUCCUUCAUGUCCUCCUCGUCUCCUCAGAACUCUAGCUCAAGGCCACCAUCAUCUUCUGCCACCACACCACUGCCCCACUCAAGCUCUCCAACCACUCCGGUUUCUGCAACCCAUCAGCUGCACUCGUCCGCAUCCUCGCCGCCGCCCUCUGCCCCCUCCUCUGUUACGCCUCACGUGUCCUCCGCCCACUCCUCUCCCCAGACUUCAUCUUCCUCGGCGGUGUCCGUGCCCGUGCACUCCACAACGCUGAGCUCGGGCUCCCACUCCUUUUUCACUCGUUCCCCAGCUGCGUCAGUGUCUGGGUCUCCUUUUUCUCCUUCUCCAGCUGCCUCUACCACCAGCAGGGCCUCCCUCCCCCACACAACUUCCCCUACUGUCGGCCUCUCCACUCUGCUCCCCAUAUCCACUCCCACUGCAUCCAGCACCACAGCGUUUCUGUCCACGCGCAGGACCACGGCCAGCACCCACCUCGCCUCUGCCAUCUCCUCUCAGUCCACCACCUCGCGCUCCACUUCUCUCACCACCCGAGUUCCCACGCCAGGCUUCGUGUCACUCACCUCGGGGGUGACAGGUAUCCCAAGCUCUCCCAUCACCAACCUCACCACCAGGCACCCCAGUCCCACCUCACUGCGUACCACAUGGUUCCCAACCAGCUCCCUCACUGCGCAUGGAAGCACCCCUGCUUCUGCCCCAGUAUCUCCUCUCGUGACAACUACGCCCAGCUCAUCCAGGGUCUGCAGCGUGCAGAAGCAGCAGGAGGAGAUCACGUUCAAGGGCUGUGUGGCCAACGUGACGGUGACCCGCUGUGAGGGCGUCUGCACUUCCUCUGCCAGUUUCAACAUCGACACCCAGCAGCUGGAUGCCCGCUGCAGCUGCUGCCGCCCGCUCCGUUCCCACGAGCAGCAGCUCGAGCUGCCCUGCCCCGACCCCAGCGCGCCUGGCCAGCAGCUCGUGCUCACCCUGCAGGUGUUCAGCCGCUGCGUGUGCAGCUCUGUGAGCUGUGGACACUAGUGGGGUCGCUGCCUGGUCUCCUGGGAGUGAAGGGCUGCAGAUGACAGAAGGACAACCCCUCCUACCGGCCCCUUCCUGCUGCCGCCGGCCGCUGCGUCCCUGGUCACCAGCCCUGGCCCCCAAGAGCCCUCAGCCGUGGCUCACCUGAGGCACUGGUGGGAGAGAGGUUGCCAAGCGGAGGCUCAGACCACCACACUCCUGCAGACCCUGACCCAGCUGAGCGGGACUGAGGCGGGCAGUGGCCACGGACCCUCCCAGGCACACAGGGCACUCCCAACCACCCCUGUCCACUGUCCAACACCUCCCAGCCUCUGAGCUGGACCCCAGCCCUGCUGGGCCUAGAACGCUGCAGAUGAGGCUGGGAGCAGAUGCUGGGCCAGACCCAUCAGGGGCGAGGACGACAUGGAAACCUGCGAAGAGCUGGGGGCAAGAGGCCCAGGCAGGCACCGGCCCAGAGAAGGGGCCUCCCAGGGUCAGGGAGGGCAGAGAGUGGCAGGGAAGGUAGGGCAGCCACCCCCGCUCCCAGCCAGCCAGGAGCCCCCUCCCCACCAGCACCGUGCCGUCCCCAACAGCUUGUGCUGGGAAGACGGCAUCACCUGGCCAGAGACUCCAAAUAAACUGGUUCUUUUCAAGGCACAGAGGCUGGUCCCUGAGCACUGCUUUUGCCUCUCCCCAGCCCCUUCGA